GUUCAAAUUUUACUUGUACUUGUAAAACCACAAUUUCAAGCUUGGUGCAAAAUUGUGUGUAUCGCUUCAUCAGAACCAUAGAAAAUGCAAGAAGAAGCUAAAUUUUCGUGAUAAAAUAUCGUGAUAUUUCCGUUAUGUUAUUUCCGUAACAACAGAUAAAACCUCUUUUAAAUUAAGUUCGUUUAAGUAAAUAAUCAGUCAAAAUUCUCUCCAAAGUCUUCAAGUGCACGAAUGCUUUUCUGUUUUUUUUUUCAUAUAGCUAUGAUCAAAUUUUGCAAUAAACUUGGAAGUGAUUAAUGUCAAUAUGAAAUAUCCAACUUCACGUUAAAAUGUCUACAUCCCAAUAGCACAAACUAAAAACAAGCAAUGAUUAUUAAAUCUGAAUCGGAAACUAACGUAACGGAAACAAAAUCUUACACUUACAUUGGAGAAAUUCAAAUAGAUUUUUAUAAUUUCGUAGAAAAUACAAAACGAUGUCAAAUAGAUUUAAAACACCACACACAAGACUUCAACUGGGAUUGUGGUCUGUCUUGUGUCCUUAUGGUUCUGUCCGAUGAAAACAGAGAAUAUUUUUUGGAGAAUAGAGAGAAAAUAUGCAAGGAGGAAGGAUUCAAUACAAGCACAUGGACUAUAGACCUAUGUUACCUCUUGAGAAGGUUUGGAAUUAGACAUAUAUUUCACACAAUCACCUUGGGCGUGCAUCCUGCGUAUGAAAGGAUAAAUUUUUAUAAUGAGAUUUUCACAAGAGAUGAGGAGCGUGUAAAUAAACGCUUCGAUGACGCAGAGAAAAAUGGAAUAGUAGUGAAAAAAGGAUCUAUUUCUUGCCGGACAAUUUUAGAACAUUUAGCAACUGGUCCUGUAAUUCUUCUCACCAAUGCUAAACUACUAGGCUGUGAUAUUUGCAAAUACAACAAAAUAAGCUGUGAAAUGAAAAAGAUGUUCCGUUGGCCUGUACCUUACCAAGGACAUUAUAUAGUAUUAUGUGGAUACAAUAUGAUGAUCAACAAUGUAUUUUACAGAAACCCCACAUUAACUAACAGCCUCUGUUAGACCUCUCAGAAGCUAGGAGCUUGUUGUGAAGAUCUAAAAAAAAGAUCUAGGAAAACUUACGAGUUGAAAGAUUUUCUUCUAGAAGGCCUUUCUAAGAUUGCUAUUUGUGUAGACUAUAGAAGAUAAUUAAAUGGAAUGUGGAAUAAUA